AUGACAAACCCACUGCAGAAAAUCUGGUCUUCGAUGGAAACCAUUUCCAGCCCAAUUUUACACACGCCCAGCUUUUGCGGCCGUGCCACCGCGGGAGCCGCCGGUAGUACUCCGAAGCUGUUGUACCUCAGCCAUGGCAACCACUUUCGUUGUAAUUCUCAGUUCACUUGCCCAAAUAAAAUUCACUGUUACAGUCAAAUUAACAACAGGCUGCGGUCUGAUCGGCUCAUCUGCAAUGCCUCCGCAAGAAACCCUACUGAGCAGAGCCCAUCUCAGAAUUUCGCAGUUCUUAUUGAAGUUGAAGGGAAGCUGGGAUUGGAUUGUGCAAAUUGGACCGAGCCCGUUUAUGUAGACCUUGUAAGGAAAAGUGCAGGUGAUGAGGAAAGGAUGUUAGUUUUGUACUUUAACAGGAUUGGUUGGCCAACUGCUGUUGCGACAAAUGAGAAGGGGACUUUUAUGAAGAAUGUUCUUCGGGAGAAGAAAAAUGCAUUGGAUGAUCUUGUCAUGUCAGAAGCUCUUACGUUGAGACCCGGUGCUGAAGAGUUCAUUGACAAUGCUUUUGAACAAGGCAUCCCAGUAAUCAUCUUGACAGCAUAUGGUCCAAGUGGGGAGAAGAUUGCAAGGUCAAUUGCGGAAAAGCUUGGAAGUGAGAGAAUGUCCAGGACAAAGGUUGUUGGAGAUGAAGAGGUCAAGCAAAGCUUUUACGGGCAACUCGUGUUUGGCAAAGGAGCUUUUUCUAGUUUGGAUGAGCAGUUAGCAAAGGAAGUGAGCAAAGCAGCGUCUGCUGAGAGACAGAGGAUUGCUGAGGAGGUUGCUUCUAUGCUGAAGCUGAAAGUGGAGCUCAAUAACAAUUCAAGUGAAAGCUUGCAAAAUAUUGUGGCAGCACUAAGGGCAGGGGCGGAAUAUGCAGAAGUGCAGGUCGAAAAGUGUGUGUUGGUUGCCGGAAGUCAGUCUGGAGUUGCUGCUGCCGAGCGAAUUGGCAUGCCUUGUGUUGUCCUCCGGAGCAGUUCAACAUCAAGAGCCGAAUUCCCUUCUGCGGUUGCCGUGAUGGAUGGGUUUGGUGGUGCUGACCUUACCAUCUCUCGACUUCGCCGAAAAUUCACGUCGUAA